GCUCCCUUGCACCAGCCCGGUCUGCUCGCAGUGCUGGCCUGCCGCUGUGAAGGCAACCAGUAUUUCAGUCCAAAUGGUAUCUGCAGAAGACAAGUUGGCAAAGAGAAUUCUGGAGUUGUAACCUGGACAUUACUGUGGCUCUUCAUUGUUCAGGCGGAAAACAAAGAUGCAUUGUAUUUUGUUGGACUGUUUCGUGUUGCCAACAUAGAGUUUCUUCCAGAAUAUAGGCAGAAAGAGUCAAAGGAAUUCCUCUCUAUGGCACAGACUGUGCAGCAUGUGAUGAACUUGGUCUACACAACUUCUUCUUUCUCCAAAUUUUACAAGCAGUCCACUGUCUCAGAAGUCAGUAACAACAACAAUGGAGGCCUUCUUAUUCAUUUCUGGAUCGUAUUUGUGGUACCACAGGCGAAGGGACAAGUGCUGUGUGAGGAUUGUGUGGCUGCCAUUUUAAAGGAUUCCAUUCAGACAAGUAUCAUUAACCGGACUUCAGUGGGAAGUCUUCAGGGCCUUGCAGUCGACAUUGAUUCCAUUGUCCUAAGUGCAGGUCUUCGAUCAGAUUAUUGGUCAACAACAGGAACAGGAACAAAUUGCAUGUAUGAUCUCUAUGCUGACCGACUACAUGAGCACUUUCCUCUGGAUACUCAAGCUACCUCAGAGGGAACAAUCUGCUAUUUUAAGCUUAUUGCCUCUGUGGGCUACCUUGUCCGCCUUUCCAUAGUAUCCCUUCAGAUUGAAGCAGAUAACUGCAUAACUGACUCGCUCACCAUUUAUGACUCUCUGAUGCCAAUCAAAGAUAAGAUACUCUACCAAGCCUGUGAACCAGCUGAUUCAUUGGUGUCACUUGUGUCCACAAAUAAUCUCAUGCUGGUAAUAUUUAAGGCAGCACAAGUAAAGGAGCAAAAGGAAUUCAAUGGCUAUUUUGAAGUCAUUACACAAGAAAGUUGUGGAAAAGCAAUAGUGACAAAAGAGGAAACCGGCUAUGAAGGGAGAAUCACAAGUCCAUAUUACCCAAGCUAUUACCCUCCAAAAUGCCUGUGUGCAUGGAACUUCCAGACUCCACAGAAGAGCCUUGGUAUAGCUCUGAAGUUCCAUAACUAUACUAUUAGUGAGAAGAAUAUUAAAGGCUGUGAGCGAGGAUGGUGGAAAAUUAAUGAACACAUGUACUGUGGUUACUAUGUCGAUCACCAAACAGUGUUCUACAUUACAAGUUCUGCUGUCAGCGUGGAGCUGCAGUGCAGUUCGAAGGUCUCUGAGAAGCCUCUGCUGGUGGAAUAUGGCAGCUAUAACAUCAGCCAGCCAUGUCCACCUGGACAUUUCAAGUGUUCUACUGGCUUAUGCAUCCAGCAGAUGCAGCGCUGUGAUGGCAUAAACAACUGCUUCGAUGAAAGUGAUGAACUCUCUUGUGUUGUCCCUGAGUGGAACUGUAACUCCAGCUUUGCGAUACAGCACAACUUGCUUGCCUGCAAUGGAAUAACUGAUUGUGAGAACGGAAAAGAUGAGCAGAACUGCACCCACCGUAUUCCCUGCACCAACCACACAUUCAAGUGUAGGAAUAACAUUUGCAUUAGGAAACAAUACGCAAGGUGUGAUGGGACUGUGGACUGUGUUGAUGGAAGUGAUGAAAGCAGCUGCAGUUGUGGCAGUAGCAAGAUCAGCAACCUCAUUUCUCGGAUUGUGGGUGGCUCAAACACUGAAGAAGGUGAAUGGCCCUGGCAGGUCAGCCUUCAUUUUGUGGGAGCUGCUUACUGUGGCGCAUCAGUGAUAUCAAAAGAAUGGCUUGUGUCUGCAGCCCACUGCUUUCAGGGGAGCAAGCUGGCUGACCCCAGAGCGUGGCGUGCCCACCUGGGCAUGCAGACGCAGGGCCAUGCCAAGUUUGUGUCUGCAGUGCGGCGGAUCGUAGUGCACGAGUACUACAACAGCAGGAACUAUGACUACGACAUCGCGCUGCUGCAGCUGAGCACACCCUGGCCGGACACCAUGGGCCACCUCAUCCAGCCCAUCUGCCUGCCUCCCUCUUCCCACAAAGCCCGCAGCAGGGACAAGUGCUGGAUAACAGGUUGGGGCCAAAAGCAGGAAGCAGAUGAUGAAGGUUCAGCAGUUCUUCAGAAAGCAGAGGUAGAAAUUAUUGACCAAACAUUAUGUCAUUCCACAUAUGAGAUUAUCACGGCUAGGAUGUUUUGUGCUGGGCUACCGUCUGGGAAAAGAGACGGGUGUAAAGGCGAUUCUGGUGGACCACUGUCAUGUCAAAGCAAUGGAGAUGGAAAAUGGUUUUUGACUGGCAUUGUGAGCUGGGGUUAUGGAUGUGGAAGACCAAAUUUCCCAGGUGUCUACACAAGAGUGUCAAAUUUUGCACCAUGGAUACACAAAUAUGUGCCUUCAGUCUUGUAACUUGAAAACUGUUUCCUGGAAUAAAACAUGCCCUGGAUACCUUCAUUAAAACCAUAUUUGGAGGAACUGUUCACUGGUGGAAUUUCUUUGCAUGUCUCUUGCUGAUUCUGGAACUCACAUAUGGGGCUAAUAAAUACCAGGGUUUUGAGCUCUGGUGAAAAAGGAGGAGGCUGUUCCUUGUGGUGGUUGUUCCUUGUAGAUGUCUGGAGACAUAGGGGGAGGUGCAACAAUAAACUUCGUUUUCAAGGCACCAACUAAGUGCAGGUGCACUCACGUGUCAGGAAGCUGAAAAUACAAUUGAUUGUGUAAACAGAGAGCUUUAGGCAUACUCAUCAUUUCUUCUGAGACAUGUGCAGCCAAUACAGAAGUAACAGUGAAGUAGCAGUUAACUGUUGCGCUCUGGCAAAUACUUCUUUCACUACCUCUUCCACCAAGGACAGCUGACAGGGAGAAAGGGAGAGGAGACACUGUAAAAAGUGAACUCAAUCCUUUCAAAUCCAUAGGGCCCUAAUUUUUGAAGAUCAAAAAUUCUGCUGCUAGAAGUGAUUUGUCGCAUGCUUAUUCCUUCUCCUACUUUCAUUUUAAUUAACUGCAUGGUUUGGAGCUACUAACUUUUCUCUCCUGCUUUCACUUCUUUAUUUUCAAAUUCAUCUACAUAAGAAUUUGAAUUCUUGAGCUUCAGGCAACCUCAUCAAGAUGAAUAAACAUGGUAAUGUGUGUUAUUGCAAUUAUCUUGUCCUUGAUGAAAUAAAACCAGUGCUUCUGAAAGGUCCUGAUAUAAUAUUUAUGCAAAAGUGGAUUUGUUUCCUCUAGGUCUUUUUCUGGAGUUUUUUUGUCUGUCCCAUGAAUGAAGGGGCAAAGUGUCAGUUAGCAGGUUCUGUAUGUGUAGCAGAGACAGGCUGUUGAAAAACAGAGUACUUGAACAAAGCCCUCUGUCUGCAGCUGCAGUUUGGAUUUCUGAGCUGUAAGGAUUGCCUUCUAAUUAAUCCCUUUUGCAAUCUCUGUGUGAACUGUUCAGAUUUCUUUUAUUCUCUUUGUUCCCUUUGUAUUAUUUUUCUGGGGCUGAUAUUUCUUCAUCUCCUUUUGCUUUUCUAGAUCCUGUUCUUUGUACUCCCUCUCUCUUUCAACAUGUAUCAAAAAUGUUCUUUCCCCACACACAUCCUUGAUUUUCUUAUUUUAUAUGCAUAAUAUGCUGAACUCGAUGGUUUGCUGACUUAAAGUUGCUUUUCCUUUCAAACAGGAAAUACAAACAUAAAUUUGUUUGCAAUUUAUUUGCCACAUUUAUUCUGUGGUACUAUCUUGAAGCUGGAAAACUAAGGUGACAUGUGGAACUGAGCAUUUCUCCUCUGUUACAGAUAUUUCUAUGAAUUCCCCAGGGUGCUUAUUUGAAGUUGCCUCAUUUAUAUUGCCCUGGGACCUUCUAUCUGUGAAUUGCUUGCAUGUCCUUUGCAUUGUGUCGUAAAUUAUUUCCCUACUCCUGUAUUUCUGAAAGAAGUGAUCUAUUAUCAAAUUAUGGGAUCCAUAUCCUACUUCGCCUGUCAGGUAAACAAAGAGUUACAGUGAUGGUUUUCCUGCC